AUGCCCAACAACAAGAACACGGCCGAUCCCCAGGAGCCUCCACCGCCUCCGCCACCUCGAGCACCCCCUGAUCUCCUUACUAUGGUCAAACUGGUCUUUUACAUUCGUGUAAACGCCGUCCUCCACCAACGCCAAGAAGCAGCAGACAGAGAAGUUGACGAAUACUGGCGCAUGCGGGAUGAAAAAGAUGCCAAGAAAGCUGUAAAGCCAGUACGCCAAAGAGCGAGGGAGAUACAGGAGAAAAGGGAGGCGAUGCGAAGACCUGCCCCCUAUAUCUACCGUCGUCCCGAGGUAGACCCUCGUGAAAAACUCACGUGGAGAGAGAUUGAUCGCCUCAUGGACGAGGAGGUGGAAAAGGAAGUCAACGUGGGACUCGGGUUGAAGCGCGCAGAGGGUGAGACGUUGAAGGCGUAUUACCAACGCAUGGAUGAUCUUGAACAUCGUCUCGAUCGAUGGAUCAGCAUCGAGUACUAUCGACAGCAAAACGGUCCGCUACGAUACAUGGAUGGUAUGCCCAUACGGGCCCGCAGUGGGCCGGAAUCCGAAAAAGGAGGACUGUUCGAGAUAGAGGAUCAAGCCGAGUGUGUCAGGAAGUGGAUGGACAAGAUCAAGGAGAGUCAACGCAUCAAGCCACUUCCAGCGUGGCACGAGAAUGAUCACUCUGAGAAUAAGAGGGAUGACGAGUAUCAACCCAAGGGUUGGUGGCAUGUGUUGAAGGAUGGACUCACUGAGUGGUGA